AUUCCUAUUAUGCCCUUUUUAUGUUGGCUCUUUCAUUCAGAAGAACCCUAAUUGUGACUCUUCUAAGUUCAUCUUUGUUCAAUAUUUCUUUCUGGCGAAACUCAAGGUAAAGACAUAAGCAAAGAUGUAUCUCCAGUUUUACAUUAACGAUAAUGGUGAUAAAGUUUACACCACUAAGAAAGAAUCACCACUAGGAAAGGCCACAGAGUCUGCUCACCCAGCCCGGUUUUCACCAGAUGAUAAAUUUUCGAGGCAGAGAGUGCUUCUUAAGAAGCGUUUCGGCUUGCUUCCAACACAAAAACCACCUCAAAAGUACUAGCAACUUUUGCUACAACAUAUUGUUCUUCUCUCCUUAGUUAAAGCGCAGUGUCGUUAUUCAAACACUCUUCUUCUCUUAUGAUAGUUUUCGGUUUGUCUAACUUUAGUAGUAUAUCUCUCAAUAUAUGUUGGUAUUAUUGAGUCUUUAUAUGUUAGUUGUUUGUCGAAACCAAAAAUGUAAUAGAUUGUUGCAUCUCAACAUUGGCAGUAUUCUCUCAAUAUGGCAGUAUUAAGUUAGUACU